AUGGCCAGCGCAUUUGGGCACAACGAUAUUCCCCUUCAGACCUUCCCGGUGUAUGGAUCUGGUGGGGGGUACUAUGUGCCGGCCGACUACGGCGUGUCUGGCGGCGUCGCACUUCCCGAACCCGUGUGGCUGCCCGCCCCAUCCACCGCCACCGCGCCCGCCACAUGGGGCUCGCCCGCGCCCGCGCCUCUCUACCCGCACACCACCCUCACCCCCAUGGGCUCCAUCAACGCCGCCUACAUCCAACCCGCACAGCCGCAGCAGUUCCACACCGGGUUCAACCCGCAGGCCAAGGCCGCACGCGAGGCGCAGGCGUUCGCCGUGGAGGGCGCCAAGCAGCGCUGCACCAAGUGCCGUUCCUACUUUACGGCCGCAGAGAAUGUCGAUGGCGCGUGCGUGUACCACCCGGGCCACUACGCUACCCCGGACACCGCGGGUCCGGUCAUGAUGCCGGCCUCGACCCUCCUCCGCUGGUCCUGCUGCCGAUCCCCGGCCUCCGACGCGCCCGGCUGCCGCCAGCAACGCCACGUCGUUGACGCCGCCACCGCUGCAAUCCUGCGCAAGUUCGACACGUCGGCCGGGCUGCGCGAGGGGCUGGCCCCGGUGGCCGGCGGCGGUCUCACGCAGGCCUCGUCGUCGUCCGACGACGAUGAGGACAGCGAAGAGUACCUGGACUACGCCCGCCUCCAGGAGCAGGAGCACAUCCGGCGGGGCAUCAAGAAGAUGCACGCCGCGGCUGCCGGCGCCGACGCAGCGCGCACGCAGGAGAGCGGCGGCACCGACGGGGUGGUGAUGGUGCGCCACCUGGUGGCCAAGACCGACACGCUGGCGGGCCUGUCGCUGCGCUACGGCGUCAAGGUGGACGACAUCAAGCAGGCCAACAAUCUCACCUCGCAGUCGAUCUUCGCCCACAAGUUCCUGCUCGUGCCCAAUCCCGCCAGGACGCCCGCGCCUGAGGAGCUCAGCAACACCGUCAUGCCCAAGGACGGCAAGAAGGGCAUUGCGGUGGAGCGUUUCCGGGCGGUGGCCAAGUGUGACAAGGAGGAGGCCAGCUUCUACCUGGAGGAGCACGAGUUUGACGUCGAGCGUGCCCUGGCCGCAUUCCGGGCCGACCUCGAGUGGGAGAAGCAGGCGCCCCAGCCAAAGAAGGCACGAGGCUCUGGCUGUGGCCGUUGUACCACCACCAAAACCAGAGCGAGGCGCAACUACAACUAG